AGUAUACCAUGAAUGCAGGAUGCUGCCAGUCAUAUAAAGGAUCCUCUGCUUCACAUUAUGAAAGAAAGACGUGAACUACAAACCUGAAUGCAACCUGGAAUUUCCAAACAGAUGAUCUUGUGACAGCCUUUUCAAGAGUCCAGGGAUCCCACAUACCCCAGCUUUGCUGCCUCAGAUCUGUACAGCACUGAUUCAGAAUAUCCAAAAAAUUCAAGUGUUCCAGCUGUCACAGAAAAGAACUGGGGCCAGCUGAAUGUCAGGAUGCAAGUAGUUACUAUUAUAUUACUACUUCUUCUUUGUAAUGCAUCUGACUGUAGGAGGACAAGGAAUAGGAGUCUGAGAAACAAUGAAAGGGAAAACAUCUUAAGGAGAGCAUCUAGCACUGUUAAGCGCAAUGCCCGAGACCUAACAUGUGAUAUUUACACUUAUCUUCAUGAGAAAUACUUAGACUGUCAGGAAAGAAAAUUGGUUUUUGUGGCACCUGAUUGGCCAGAGGAUAUAAAACACAUGCUGCUAGCAAGAAACAGAAUUCGUAAAUUAAAGAAUAAUAUGUUUUCUAAGUAUAAAGUGCUGAAAAGUCUGGAUUUACAACAAAACGACAUAACAAAAAUUGAGAGCGAGGCUUUUUAUGGUUUGGAUAAACUUACCACACUCUUACUUCAGCACAACCAAAUUAAGAUUUUAUCUGAGGAGAUUUUUAUUUAUACACCCAGUCUAAACUACCUACGUCUCUAUGACAAUCCCUGGCAUUGCACCUGUGAACUAGAAACUCUUGUUACAAUGCUACAGGUUCCAACAAACAGGAAUUUGGGAAAUUAUGCCAAAUGCGUGCACCCAAUAGAACUGAAAAAUCAGAAGUUAAAGCAGGUAAAAGCAGAUCAGCUAUGUAGUGAAGAGGACAGGCAGGAUCCCAGAAACAUAAAACGGGAGAAGCCUGAACCUGCCAAACCAGAAUUUGAUUCCUCUUUAUGCCACAUGUAUGUGUUUCCUGUGACAACACUGAACUGCAGAAGAAAAGAUUUAAAGAAAGUUCCAGGUAACAUACCUCCAGAUAUUGCUAAACUUGAUUUGUCCAACAACAAAAUUAGACAAUUAAGAGCCAAGGAGUUUGAAGAUGUCAGUGAACUGAAGAUAUUAAAUCUAAACAGUAAUGGAAUAGCAUACAUUGAUCCUGCUGCUUUUGCAGGUCUCAAUAACUUAGAGGAGCUGGAUCUAUCAAACAACAGCUUGCAGAAUUUGGAAUAUGGAGUAUUGGAAGAUCUUUACUUUCUGAAAAUACUGUGGCUGAGAGAGAAUCCUUGGAGAUGUGAUUACAAUAUACAUUAUCUUUUCUACUGGCUGAAGCAUCAUUACAACGUUCACUACAAUGGCCUAGAAUGCAAAAUGCCUGAGGAAUACAAAGGGUGGUCUGUUGGAAAAUAUGUUCGAAGUUAUUAUGAGGAAUGCCCAAAAGACAAGCUUCCUGUAUAUCCAGAAACUUUUGAUCUGGACAAAGAUGAUGAGGAAUGGGAGCGACACAAAGAGCAAACAGUUCAGACAGUAAAGAAGCAUGGUGUCAUUGUCACCGUCAUAGGCUAAUAAGGGAACCCUUUCCCUUAGUAGAUUUAAAUAUCCGUUAUUUUGAGAAGGAAAAACAUGCUGUUUACAUCUGUUCUAAUUAUUCUGUUGGUUUGUAGGACUAUCUGCCUACAAAGAUGUCUGUAUUUUGCCAAUAAUAACUACAGAAUGACAUUGGUUUGACAG